AUGGAGCGCACGAUCGAUGUCUAUUUCAACAAGCUGGGGGAUGAAAAGCUUGACAUCAAAGUACGAGCGAAUGUCGCAACCGAGUUGCGAGACAGCAUAGAACCAUUAUGCGCGGGCGCAAACUAUCCCAUCUUUCUGGCCAAGCUUUGGCCAGUCUUCAAGGCUAUCUUGAAGGGCGAUCCGGUCUUCUUGAGCAUGUCCUAUGAGCAGAAACUCCGGAACUGUAUCCUCGAGACGAUUCACCGACUACCAAUGUCCCCUUCCGAUGUCGAACCUUACGCCGUGGAAAUGGUUGAUUUGUUGAUGGAACUCGCGCGUAUCGAGAAUGAGGACAAUGCAGUUCUGUGCAUGAAGACUAUCAUGGAUCUGGAACGUAACCAAGCAAAGGCCACCGCGGCACGGGUGCAACCUUUCUUGGAGCUCAUUCAAGAAAUGUUCCAGACCAUGGAGCAAGUCGUUCGAGAUACCUUCGACACCCCGAACCAAGCGACCCCCUCCGGGAUGCCUUCGACUCCGAAUGCGAGCUCACAGAACUUCCAGUCACCUCGACCGAGCUCGCCUGCCACAUCAGUUUCAGACCUGGGCCCCGAGCAACAAUCCAGCAAUGUUCUUUUGAAGGGAAUGCAGUCGUUCAAAGUACUUGCUGAAUGCCCUAUCAUCGUCGUUUCGAUCUUCCAGACCCACCGCGCUUCAGUCGCACAGAACGUCAAGCUUUUUGUACCCCUUAUCAAGACGAUCCUGCUCCUGCAGGCGAAGCCGCAAGAGAAGGCGCAUGCUGAUGCAGCAGCCCAGGGGACGAUAUUCACUGGCGUUUGCAAGGAAAUCAAGAACAGAGCAGCAUUUGGAGAAUUCAUCACAGCUCAGGUUAAGACCAUGAGCUUCCUGGCCUAUCUCCUUCGCCUAUAUGCCCAUCAACUUCAAGAUUUCCUUCCUACUCUCCCGUCUGUGGUUGUUCGGCUCCUCCAGGACUGCCCACGUGAAAAGUCUGGCGCUCGAAAGGAACUUCUUGUCGCGAUCCGACACAUCAUCAAUUUCAACUAUCGCAAGAUCUUCCUCGAGAAAAUUGAUGAGCUUCUGGAUGAGCGAACAUUGAUUGGUGACGGACUGACAGUAUAUGAGACCAUGAGGCCUUUAGCGUACAGCAUGCUUGCCGAUCUCAUCCACCAUGUUCGUGACCAUCUCAGCCGCGAUCAGAUUCGUCGAACCGUCGAGGUAUACACCAAAAACCUCCAUGACGACUUUCCCGGUACCAGUUUCCAAACGAUGAGUGCCAAGCUGCUAUUGAACAUGGCAGAGAAGAUAUCCAAGCUCGAGGAUAAGCGAGAGGCUCGCUACUUUCUCAUCAUGAUACUGGAUGCCAUUGGUGACAAAUUCGCCUCGAUGAAUCAUCAAUUCAACAACGCUGUCAAGGUAUCAAAGGUCUUCAAGGAAUCUCGGAAAGAGACUGAGCCUUCAAAUGACUCCUAUAUUGCUGAGAAGGACCACCCUCCUGAUUGGGACGAAAUAGACAUAUUCUCUGCUUCGCCAAUCAAGACUUCUAGCCCGCGUGACCGUGGAAGUGAUCCCGUUUCGGACAAUAUCUUCCUCUUCAGAAACCUCAUCAAUGGGCUCAAGAACAUCUUCCACCAGCUCAAGAAUUGCAACCCGGACGAUAUCCAGAUUGACCCUAACAGCGUUCCCAUUAAUUGGUCUGAGGUUUCUUAUGGGUAUAAUGCCGAAGAGGUCCAUGUUAUCAAGAAGCUCUUCCAUGAGGGUGCUCGUGUUUUCCGCUAUUACGGCGUAGAUCAAUCUCCACCGGAGGCCACCUACUCCUCGCCGUUCGAUUUCCUCGCCAGUCAAUAUACGGCACCCAUGUCCCGCGAAGAGAAGGAACUUCUAGAGAGCUUCGGUACUGUCUUCCAUUGCAUUGACACAGCAACUUUCCAUGAAGUCUUCCACUCUGAAAUUCCCUAUCUUCACGAGCUGAUGUUUGAGCAUGGCGCGCUUCUCCACCUUCCACAAUUCUUCCUCGCCAGCGAAGCCACCUCACCAGCUUUUUCCGGAAUGGUCCUUCAGUAUCUUAUGGAACGCAUCCAUGAGGUUGGAACGUCAGACAUGACCAAAGCGAAGAUCCUUCUGAGAAUGUUCAAACUCUCCUUCAUGGCCGUGACGCUCUUUUCUGUGCAGAAUGAACAAGUUCUCCACCCACAUGUCACAAAGAUUGUCACCAAGUGUAUUGAGUUGUCAGUUACUGCCGAGGAGCCUAUGAACUACUUCCUCCUUCUGCGUUCUCUCUUCCGCAGCAUUGGUGGUGGCCGAUUUGAGCUAUUAUACAAGGAAAUCCUCCCUUUGCUUGAGAUGCUCCUCGAGACCUUCAACAAUCUCCUACUCGCUGCUCGCAAGCCCCAAGAGCGUGACCUCUAUGUUGAACUCACUUUGACCGUACCUGCCCGGCUGAGCCAUCUUCUGCCUCAUCUCAGCUACCUCAUGCGCCCUAUUGUUGUUGCUUUGCGUGCCGAUUCUGACCUUGUUGGUCAAGGCCUUCGCACCCUUGAACUUUGCGUGGACAACUUAACCGCCGAUUAUCUUGAUCCGAUCAUGGCCCCGAUCAUGGAUGAGCUGAUGACCGCGCUCUGGGAUCACCUUCGCCCUCAUCCUUACAACCACUUCCACGCCCACACCACUAUGAGAAUCCUCGGAAAGCUUGGCGGUCGCAAUCGCAAGUUCUUGAACCACCCACCAGAGCUGAACUUCCAGCAAUACUCCGAUGACAACCCCAGUUUCGAUAUCCGGCUAAUUGGCCCAGGGGAGAAGCGUCCCUUCCCUGUGGAUACCGGCAUUGAUCUGGCCAUUGGGAAACUGAUGGAAGCCCCAAAAUCCACCUCGUCCAAGGGCUCUGACAUUUACUACAAGCAACAAGCCUACCGCAUGCUUAGUUCGCACCUCAAGCUUCAAAUUGGAUUUGAAAAUCUGCCUGAUGACUUGGCGUCUCUCAUCAGACUUCAUGCGAACGACCUUGUGGAUGGAAAGGUUAAUGCCAUGGUUGACAUUCUCGAGAAAUCGGAGAGGUCGGCUUCCAUUCCGAAGAAGGUGGCGCAGGAAGCCACUGUGAAGAAGCUCAUCAAGGCCUGCAUCUUCGCUACAACUAUCCCAGAGCUCGAGACGUCUGCGAAGGCUUUUGUGGCAGAUGUUUGCAAGCACAUUACGGUCCUCGAGGUUGGCCGUGCUCUCUCUCAAGCCCGCCACAGCCGCAAGUCAUUCGACGUAGCCAACGGAGAAGGUCCUGUUUAUCUCGACUCACGAGUUCUCGCCGAAGUCAUUGUUGAGACGCUCUCGUCGGACAAUGUUCACGUUCGAGAAGCAGCUGAACAGGCCAUGGUGGUUGUUAAGGAAGCGGCGGUCAUCAUCUUCGGCUCCUCUGAGAAAGCAGCCAAGCUUCCAUUCUUCCAGCACUUAGGUCGUGUGUUCUGCCACAGCUGCUUUAGCGAGGAGUGGUUUACCAAAGCUGGUGGAAGCUUAGGUAUCCAACUACUGGCCACUAAGUUAGAUCUCGGUGAUUCCUGGCUUUAUGAGCGCCACAUCGACUUCGCUCGUGCUCUCAUCUAUGUGAUUAAGGACACACCGCCUGAUCUUCCUGCCGCUACACGCAUUCAAGCCCAAGAUACAUUGACCUUGAUCCUCCGACGCGGCGGUAAGCUCAUCCCUAAAGAUGACGUUAAGAACGAGAAGAGCCGCGUUGUCGCCCUCUGUGGCUUCUUCGUCUUUGAACUUGGCCAUAUGAACAAGCACGUCCGCGAGACUUGUCGUCGUUGCUUCACCACUCUUGCAGAGGAGCUGGGCUGUGAGGUCCAUGAGCUCAUUCACCCGGUCAGGGACCGUCUUCUGCAGUCAAUUUUCAACAAGCCUCUCCGCGCCCUGCCUUUCCCCACGCAGAUUGGUUUUAUCGAUGCCAUCACCUACUGCUUGAGCCUGCACAAUGAAAUCGUGACGUUUAAUGAGCCCCUCAACCGAUUGAUGCUGGAGUCUCUCGCACUUGCCGAUGCCGAUGAUGAGUCGCUUGCUUCAAAGCCAAACGAGUUCAAGAAUGCCGAGAUGAUCGUGAACCUACGUGUCGCUUGCCUCCGCCUUUUGUCCAUGGCCAUGACUUUCCAGGAGUUUGCCAACACUCCAAACAAUACCAGCCGUGCACGCAUUAUUUCUGUCUUCUUCAAGUCGCUAUACUCUCGCUCCCCUGAAGUCAUCGAAGCCGCUAAUGCCGGCCUUAAGGAUGUCCUUACCCAGACUAACAAGCUGCCAAAGGACCUAUUGCAGAACGGCCUGCGUCCUAUUCUCAUGAAUCUUCAGGAUCCGAAACGUCUGAGCGUUGCUGGUCUUGACGGACUCGCCCGUCUUUUGACACUCUUGACCAAUUACUUCAAGGUGGAGAUUGGGGCACGUCUACUUGAUCAUAUGAAGGUUAUUGCAGACGAUGGUGUGCUCCAGAAGGUCUCUUUUAGCCUUGUUGAACAGAACCCUGCCAUGAAGAUUGUGGCUGCGAUCUUUAAUAUCUUCCACCUCCUCCCACCCGCCGCCACAUCUUUCAUGGAACAUCUGGUCAACAAAGUACUUGAUCUUGAGCAAAAGCUGCGACGCACCUCACACAGCCCCUUCCGCAAGCCCCUUGUCAAGUAUCUCAACCGCUACCCGAAGGAGAGCCUUGCCUUCUUUCUUGCACGGUUCAAGGACGAGCGCUUCGGACGUUUCUUCGGACAAAUCCUGGCCGACCCGGAGAGUGAGGCUUUGCGCAAUGCGGUCGUCGCUGACACUGACGGAUUCACCUCAAACGCUUUCGCACCCGAGGCAACUGAUGGCAAAAACACUGCUGCCAUCAAUGGUAUCUAUGUUGCGCACUCUGUCUCUCUCCAUGCCUCUACCAAGAAUUGGCUGGUCUCAAACGCUGACUUAAGAGCCAAGCUAUUGACCUCUGGGAGAGAGCUAGAGCGGAAACUUCGGGGUGAUAGCUUGCCCCCUGAUGAACGUCUGAGAGUCGAGCAGGCCGAAGAUCAGUUGAUGGAUGUCUUCACAGUUUAUCUCGGAGAAGCUUCUCAUGACCUUGAUUUCCUAUUUGAAGUCAUCGACGGUCUUUCCGCGGACGAACUUAAGCGCACACUGGCACUUCCUAAAUUCAUCUUUCGCCACAUCAUCACCAACGAGUCAAUCGAUUACCGUCGCUCAGUCAUUAUGCGCUGUCUCGACCUAUACGGUCAACGGGCCUGCUCUCAGAAGACCAAGACCUAUGCUUUCCGCCACCUGGUUAAUCCAAUUUUCGCAAUGGAUGUUCAAGCUUCGUGGAACAGCCCACCCAGUGCCCCCAGGUUGAUGGACAAGAGCAUGACUGAAUCGAUCCAAAGCCGCCUGUGGAAGCCACAAUUGUCCGAUGUAUGUGACGAAUCAAGCCAGGCUGGCGUUGACCAUUCGCGAAUGGAGUUGCUUCAACUGUCUGCCUUGUUGAUCAAAUAUCACUCGCAGACCGUCCAAGAGUCCCGCAAGGACAUCAUCAAGUUCGCCUGGAAUUACAUUCGUCUUGAGGACAUCAUCAAUAAGUACGGUGCAUACGUCCUUAUCAGCUACUUCAUAGCGCAUUACGAGACGCCUUACAAGAUCGUCAUUCAAGUCUACGUCGCUCUGCUCAGAGCCCAUCAGAACGAGGGCCGGGCCCUUGUCACCCAGGCCCUUGAUGUCUUAGCACCGGUCCUUCCAACACGCACAGCCAGCAACCAGGGCGCAGAGGCUCGCUACCCCAUUUGGGCUAAAUGGCCCCGCCGCAUUCUGUCAGAGGAGACUGCCAACCUGCAACAGGUAAUGAGCAUUUUCCAGUUCUUGGUUCGGCAGCCGGAUUUGUUCUAUGAAUCGCGCGAGCAUUUCAUCCCUCUCAUCGUUCCCUCAUUGAUCAAGAUUGCGGGUCCGCCAAAUACCUCGAAUGAUAGCAAAAAGCUCGCAUUGAAUCUUAUUGGCUUAAUCUGGCACUGGGAGGAGAAGACUGCGCAAGCUGCAGAGACCCAUGCGGCUGUACCCAAUGGUGUUACUGAAUCGCCGAACACGAAAAAGCGCAAGCUUGAAGAGGCCGAUGGAGCGUCCCAAUCACCAUCUUUGGGACCUCCUGCUACCAAGGCGGAUUACACAGUGCCGCCUGAGCUUCGUGGGGCUCUUAUAAAAUAUCUCAUCACCUUCAUUACAACCAUUCCUGAGCGCUUCCAGGUACCAGCUGCCCACAUCCGCACGCUACCUUCCUCGAAGCCAGUCAUGCCCGUACCCACGGGUGACAUGGUCAACAAAGCCAUCGGUCUUCUCAGGAAUCUCCUCUCUCCUAAGUACUGGGGCGAUCUUGACAUCGAUCUCUACCAGAAGGUGACCGAACCAAUUCUAACUGGGGAGAAAGCCGACAAGCCUGAUGACAAGCACAUCACGGUCAUGGUCAAUGCCCUGCAGGUGUUGCGCGUACUUAUUGCAGCGAAGCCCAACGAGUGGAUCACAGCUCGUCUCACAAGCAUUCAGAAGCUCCUCGAGAAGCCAUUGAAGUCUGACAACCCGGAAAUUCAAGAUUGCUUGCAUGGCCUGGAGGAUGAAAUGGAUAUUUCUCCCAAGUUGCCACCUCCAGUGCGCUAUGUUCUUGAGGCCAUUCCCGAUGACCAACCCGAUGAAGAGGAUGCCAUGGAUACCGAAAGCACACCCUCAGAAUUCGGAACCUACCUCUCCGCAAUCGCCACCGAGACCCUCUCAGCAAGCAACUACGUGUCGAGUCUGAACACACUGUGGACGCUUUCGAAGAUCAAGCCCGCUGAGAUCGACACUCAUAUCCCUGCUGUCAUGAAGGCAUUCUCCCAAAAGUUGGCCAAGGAGCAUGUUGCAGCGUCUACCACCCAGAAUGCGCCCAAGCCGGCUGAGGGAGUUCCAGAUCAACAAGAAGCCGAAUUGGGUGUUGAUCUCAUUUUCAAGACAAUUGAAUUGAUCUCAGUCCGGAUGUCCCAUCUUGGCGAUCAGCGUCGCCCGUUCCUCAGUGUCCUCGCUUCGAUAGUGGAGCGUUCGCAGAAUAUCAAGCUUUGCAGCAAGGUUCUGGGCAUGGCCGAGUCCUGGAUUUUCCACUCAACCGAAUCUUGGCCCACUUUGAAGGAAAAGACAGCGGUUCUUCACAAGAUGCUGCUGUUUGAAACCAGACCCGAUCAAACGAUGCUGAAGAAGUUCCUUGACUUGGUGAUUCGCAUCUACGAGGAUCAAAAGAUCACUCGCACCGAGUUGACUGUUCGCCUCGAGCACGCAUUCUUGAUUGGUACAAGAGCUCAAGAUGUCGAGAUGCGCAAUCGAUUCAUGGGUAUCUUCGACAAGAGUUUGACGCGCCUUGCUAGUUCGCGUUUGAGCUAUGUUCUCACCUGCCAAAACUGGGAUACCCUUGCCGAUUCCUUCUGGCUGGCCCAGGCAUCGCACUUGAUUCUCGGCUGCGUGGACAUGAAUACAACCGCCCGCCUUCAUUCCGACGAUUUCACGCUAUCACCCCUAUCAUUCCUCUUUGCGGGUGGCGAUAAGGAUGAAAGGAAACCAGACAUCAUGGUCGAUAAUAAGCUCGAGAACUUUGUCGUGGAGCGUAAGCGCUUCAUGUCUGAUAUUGGAGACGUUCGAGUUCGGGACUUGAUCGAACCUCUCACACAGCUUCAACACACCGACCCCAAUGUUUCGUACAAGUUGUGGACCACACUAUUCCCGAUUUUCUGGUCAACCUUGUCAAAGGAAGAUCGCAUCGACCUCGAAAAGGGCAUGGUCACAUUGCUCACCCGAGAGUACCAUCAGAGACAAUUGGACAAACGACCAAACGUCGUGCAAGCCCUCCUUGAGGGCGUUGUGCGGGCUCGUCCUCGUUUCAAGGUCCCUCCUCAUGUUAUGAAAUACCUCAGCCGUACCUACGAUGCCUGGUAUGUCGCUGCCACAUACCUCGAGGAGAGUGCCAUCAAUCCCAUCAUCGACACCUCCACUGUCCGCGAAAGUAACCUUGAUGCCCUGGUCGAAGUCUAUGCCGGUCUCCAGGAAGAUGAUUUCUUUUAUGGUACAUGGCGACGCCGCUGCCGAUUCGUUGAAACCAACGCGGCUCUGUCCUAUGAGCAGCAGGGGAUGUGGGACAAAUCGCAACAGCUCUAUGAGAAUGCGCAGAUCAAGGCUCGCUCUGGAGCUAUGCCAUUCUCACAGGGUGAAUAUUUUGUCUGGGAAGAUCAUUGGCUUAUUUGUGCCCAGAAGCUCCAACAAUGGGAGAUCUUGAGUGAUUUUGCUAAGCAUGAGAACUUGAACGACCUUCUCCUUGAGUCUGCUUGGCGUAACAUCGAGAACUGGCAGAGCGAAGGCAACAGAGAGCAACUGGAGUCUCUAAUCAAGUCUGUAUCAGACGCCCCGACUCCCAGGCGAACCUUCUUCCAGGCAUUCAUGGCUUUGCUACAAUACCAUGUCAAGAAAGAGAAUAUGCAGGACUUCAAUAGCGUUUGUGACGAGUCGAUUCAGCUCUCCAUCCGCAAAUGGCUGCAACUGCCGAAGCGUAUCACCAACGCUCACAUUCCCAUCUUGCAACACUUCCAGCUGCUGGUUGAAUUGCAUGAUGCCAGCCACAUCUGCGGUAGCUUGGCUCAGACUAAUGAGCGCAACCUCGAUACCAAGUCAGCUGAACUCAAACUUCUCCUUGGAACAUGGCGGGAUCGUCUGCCGAAUCUGUGGGAUGAUAUCAAUACCUGGCAGGACCUUGUUACCUGGCGCCAGCAUAUCUUCCAGCUUAUUAACGGCACCUAUCUCAGCCUACUUCCACCACAGACCAACAAUGUGGCCAGCAACUCUUACGCCUACCGCGGUUAUCACGAGACGGCUUGGAUCAUCAACCGCUUCGCUCACGUCGCACGUAAGCAUCAAAUGCCCGAGGUCUGCAUCAACCAGCUGAGCCGAAUCUACACCCUGCCGAACAUCGAGAUCCAAGAAGCAUUCCUCAAGCUGCGCGAACAAGCCAAGUGUCACUACCAGAACCCGAAGGAACUCAACAGCGGUUUGGAUGUUAUUAACAAUACCAAUCUGAACUACUUCGGCCCCCAGCAGAAGGCCGAGUUCUACACUCUGAAGGGAAUGUUUUUAGCCAAGCUCGAUCAUGUCAACGAGGCGAACGAAGCAUUUGGCGUGGCUCUUUACUACGAUCUCCGUCUUGCCAAGGCCUGGUCUGAGUGGGGACAGUACAGUGACCAACGAUUCAAGGCAGACUCCUCCGAUUAUGAGCUGGCUAGCAACGCAGUCAGCUGCUACCUAGAGGCUGCUGGUCUAUACAAGAGCGCGAAGUCCCGCAAGCUGCUGAGCCGCAUCUUAUGGCUGCUCAGUUUGGACAAUGAGGAGGGCCAGAUCGCUAGUGCCUUCGAAAACUUCAAGGGCGAUACUCCUGUCUGGUACUGGAUUACCUUCAUUCCUCAGCUCCUUACCAGCUUGUCUCAUCGCGAGGCUCGUCUUUGCAAGGCUGUCUUGGUCAAGAUCGCCAAGUUGUUCCCCCAGGCUCUCUUCUUCCUCCUCCGUACGAACCGGGAGGACAUGCUUAGCAUCAAGAAGCAGCAUGACCAGAAGCAGGAGAAGCUGAAUCGUGCCAGGCAGCAGCAACAGGCUAGCUCCUCGCCCAGUACCAAACCUCCUGCUGCCGGUGAAGCAUCUCCAGCCCAGAAGCCUCCGACUAGCGUGCCUCCUAGUGCUUCCCCAGCUGGUCAGAAUAGCAACUUGCCGCCAACUCAGUCUCCUGCGCUGAAUCAGAACCAGCAAGCCCCUAACCAGUCCCCUGCCCAGCCUGUCCAAGCUUCGCCGCUUCAAGGUCAAGCCCAAAGUCCAGGCCAAGGUCAAGCUGGUCAAACACCCGUCUCGCAAAACCAAGGACAGACUCCAGGUCAGCAAGGCCAUCUCCAAGUUCCAGGUCAGGGAGUCCAACAGCAGCCAAACCAAGCGGUUUCCACGGAGUCAACAGAGAAGGAGCCGCUCAAGAAGCCAUGGGAAUACUCAGACGAAAUCAUGUCCGGCCUCAAGACCGCCUUCCCGUUGCUUGCUCUUUCUAUGGAGACCAUGGUCGACCAGAUCCACAAGAACUUCAAGUGUCCUCCCGACGAGGAUGCUUACAGGCUUAUCGUUGCUCUCUUGAACGAUGGUCUCGCCUACGUGGGUCGUAUGCCUCAGUCUUAUGCACAGGACACCAAGCUUCCCGCGGCCACAGAAGCCAACAUCACUAGGUUCGCCGAGACAAUUCUGCCGGCACACAUCCGCAAAUCUUUCGAGGCGGACUUUGUGACUAAGAAACCCACGAUGCACGAGUACAUCCAGAAGCUUCGUCGCUGGCGCGAUAAGUUUGAGGAGAAGCUGGAUCGUCGAGCCCAGCACGGGUCUCUUGAGGGAUACUCCCCGCACCUGAGCGAGUUCAGAUUUCUCAAGUUUGACGAAGUUGAGAUUCCUGGACAGUAUCUGCUGCAUAAGGACAAGAACCAGGACUUUGUUCGCAUUGAUCGCUUCCUGCCCGAUGUGGAUCUGGUUCGUGGCAUUGGAGUCUGCCACCGCCGUCUCAAGAUCCGUGGCCACGAUGGUAGUAUCCACGCUUUUGCUGUCCAGCAUCCUGCCGCGCGCCACUGCCGUCGUGAAGAACGUAUUCUUCAACUGUUCCGUAUUUUCAACGGGCUGUUGGCGAAGCGUAAAGAGAGCCGACGUCGCAACCUUUACUUCCACCUGCCGUUGAUGGUGCCUCUGGCCCCUCACAUCCGCCUGGUUCGCGACGAUUCGUCAUACAUCUCUAUGCAAGGUAUCUAUGAGGAUCACUGCAGACAGGUUGGUAUCAACAAGGAUGAGCCAGUGCUCUUCACAAUGGAGCGCAUGCGGUCUCUGGCAGAAACAAAGCAAAAUGUAAGUUUCUCUGCGAUUGAGUCUUCUCUACCACGCAUUACUGACAGCUCCCGACAGCGCACGGCCGACCAACAACAGGUGCUUCGGACUGAGAUCUUGACUGCCAUUCAAGAGAAAUGGGUUCCUAGCAAUGUGGUGCUAGAGUACUUCCAGAAAACGUAUCCCAACUUUGCCGAUUUCUGGCUCUUCAGACGACAGUUCGCGUACCAGUACGCUGCGGUCGCUUUCAUGACCUAUGUGAUGCACAUUGGCAACCGUUACCCCAACAAGAUACUAGUAUCGCGGUCUACAGGUGAUAUUUGGGGAGCCGAGUUGAUCCCAACGAUCAACCCGGCGAAGGCUAUCUUCUUCAACCCAGAGCAGGUUCCCUUCCGAUUCACCCCCAACAUCCAGACUCUGCUGGGCCCUAUUGCUACGGAGGGCCUGUUUGCCUGUGCCAUGAUGGCCAUCGCGCGCUGCUUGACGGAACCACGCCACGAGCUCGAGCAACAACUGAGCGUAUUUGUGCGUGAUGAGAUGAUGUUCUGGGCUACUGCCCAGCACCGUGGUCAGUUGGCUGUGCCACAGUUGCGUGAUCUGGUCUAUAACAACAGCGAGAUCAUCGUCAACCGUGCCGUCAGCUUGGCCAGCCCGCCAGAGGGCAACUUGCCCGCCAACCAGACAACGAUCGAUUUGAUCUCCCGGGCUGUCAAUCCCCAGCACUUGGCCUCUUGCGAUGCUUUGUGGAUGCCAUAUCUCUAA